AUGGAAGUUUAAUAGGGUUCCUCUUGGAUGGGCCGCGAACCAAUUUCAGAUGUGGGCAAGGGGAUACUUUGAUCUUUUUCCAGAAGUUAAAAAUGAGUCCGAGACGAUCCCGAUAUUAAUACAAUGCCAACCCGUUGGAGAUUUUUACGUGGAUGACCGCAGAUUGUUUGGUGAUUGGUAUGGUUACGAGAAAUCAUGGCAUGUUUUGCGCCUUCGACCCGGAAGGCAUGUUAUUAAUGUUCGCUUAGUGAACGAAAUACGAAUAUUUGGUGGAAAUGUACCUCCUGCACUCGGAUUUCAGUGUUUUAUGCGAAAAUUAAGAGAAGACAAAACAGCAAUGAUGUUAUUGGAUAAUACUGUCCUAGUGCCCGACAUGAUAGAUGGAAAUUUGGCCGGAAAAUACAUGAGCAUUGCGUUAUUAAAUACUCAUGAGGAACGAUGGAUCACAGUGCAUAAUGUUAACGUUGUCGACAGUAAUGUAAAGAUGAGAGCAUCAGUUAUCAAUGAUAAACCAAAUAGGAAUUCGGGAGUAAGUUUUGCUCCUUCACAGCAACGAAACAUUAGGAUUCUAUUGAAAAUCAAUUCCAAAGUGUUCAGUGGAAUGCCAAUAUUUUUCAGAUUACAGUUUAACGCGUCUGCUAAAUCUGAAGGACGCGUUGAGGUAGAGGAAAAUUUCUGGACGUCCGCUUACAGGAGACAACAAAAUGCUUGGAUUCUUUUCCCGACCGGAAGGACACCAUGGGGCUAUGAUUGGCACGGUCCAAGUAUGAGAAAUGUCCAUGAAGCCGUAGAAACCUUGGCCAAUCACAUUCCAGGAGUUCCAAAACACUUGAACCAAUCGAUACUUCCCGAUCCUCACAAACUAUUUAUUUCAGGACAUUCAAAUGGCGGGCAAGGAGGUUGGUUCCUGUUGUCACAUUUUCCGGAUUCUGUUAUUGCAGGUGCACCCGUUGCUGGCUAUUCAAAAAUUCAAAAUUACGUGCCUUAUUACUGGAACAGUGACGCACACAUGGAUCCAAUCCUUAGAGGGGUUCUGGAGUCAGCAAUAUCGGAAUUUAACAAUGACCUUUAUUCUUCUAAUUUGGUUGGCAUUCCUUUAUUGGCCCGUACCGGUGGAGAUGAUGACAAUGUUCCACCCACACAUUCCCGCAUGUUGGUCAGGCUGGGUAAAUUAAACGUACAAAUUGAUGAAACGAGCAACGGUCAGAAAGUAUGGAACAUCAAGACUUCCAAUAUUCGUCGAUUCAGAUUUCUUCUUAAUCACCGAAUGACAGCAAUCAGAGAAGAUGCUGAAAGAGUUGUGAUCGAUGAGAAACAUCCGUUGACUUAUGGACCGGCACAUCAAAUUCUCAAAUCUUCGCAACCAUUGACUAUUGUAAUUGGAACAGGACACGGAUCGCAAAAUAAUGGCUUCAAGUUUUUGGAAAUUGCACAAGAAAUUGCACACAGUUGGUAUCUUUACGGACGAGGAGAUUCGGUAAUUGUUCAUGAUGUUGAAAUAAUAACCGAAAAAGACAAGAUAGAAAGAGGCAUCACAGGAAAUUUAGUGUUACUGGGUGGACCUUCGGUAAAUUAUGCUACACAACUGUUGUUGAAAAGAAAAAACAGUGAAGUUAAAUUUGAAAAAGAUGGUUCAUUCGUUCUGAAACAUGUAAAGUUUUCCGAUCCAGGAAUAGACCAAUUGACGCUAAUUAUGGCCGGAACAGAUCCCAAAGGUUUUGAUCAAGUCGCCAGAUUAUUUCCUAAGAGGACCGGAGUUCCUAUACCCGACUGGAUUAUAACAGGACCCGAAGUUGCAUGGAAAGGUGCCGGUGGAUUACUUGGUGCCGG